UGCACACGAGCCUCGGUUUUAAUGUACAAUUACUGCCCUCGUUUACUCGCUCGGACACAGUCAAAUGUCUGAAUUACAAAACUCCUACGCUUUCAAACAACAAUUUAUUUUUACUUCAAAUGGCUAACGCUUCUUGGUCAGAUAAAAUGCUCCAACUCCUCCGCCGAAUGAAUAAUUUCCAUUCACCAGGCUCGAGCAGGGCGACGUGUCUUCGAUUUGAAAUCGCCGGAGCCCAAAUUGGGUGGAUCCCUCCCCACGUUGCUUCGGUCUUGAAGGGCUAUCCCGGUGUGUUCAACCGACCACACGGCGGCGCAAUUUCACUUUGCCAUAAUUUGGACUCCUACGGGAGCAGAUCGGAGGCUGUGGAUAAUGUCCUGCAAACUCUUAGAAAAGGCAGGUCUCUGGCUUGUUUAAAGGGAUGGAGAGAUGAGAAGUAUGAGGUGAUGGCAAAGUUCUGUGACACUCCUUUAAUGAGUAUGGAAAGAGCAGCCACAAGCCUUUUCGGGGUGAAACGGUAUGGAGUUCAUAUAAAUGGAUACAGCUGGAGUGAAAAUGGAGAGCUCAGGAUGUGGCUGGCACGGCGCUCUGCCACCAAACAGACCUACCCAGGACUACUAGACAACCUGGCAGCGGGCGGGCUGGCUGCCGGUAUUGGCAUCAAACCCACCCUGAUCAAAGAAUGUGAGGAGGAAGCUUGCAUCCCAGCAGACAUUGCCAAGAUGGCCCGUCCCGUUAGCACAGUAAGCUACACCUAUGAAGAUGAGGAGGGUGUGUUCCCAGAGUGUCAGUUCGUCUUUGACUUGGAACUUCCUACUGAAUUCAAACCCAGAAUAGGUGAUGGAGAGGUGCAAGAUUUCUACCUCUUACCAAUUCAUGAGGUGAAACAGCUGCUGGUCUGUGAUGAAUUCAAACCCAACUGUGCCAUGGUUGUUUUAGACUUCCUCAUCAGACACUCCUUUAUUGAACCAGACACAGAACCCUUUUAUCAGGAAUUUGUGGCGGGACUCCAUCAAACAUUGUAGAUCCUGAGACCAAGUUGGAGACUGCACAAUGUUUAAAUCAUGUAACAUUUCACCAAGCCCAUAACAAAUGUUUAAAUAAGACUUGCUG